CUCCAAUUUUUCCUUCCCUUCAAUCUGUGUUGCUAUGGAGACUACCAAUGGGACUGAGACAUGGUACAAGAGUCUGCAUGCUGUGCUGAAGGCCCUAAAUGAGACAUUCCACAGCAACUUGCUCUGCCAGCCAGGACCAGGACUAAGGCUGGGGCCAGACAACAAAACUGAGGAACAGCAGGCCAGCCUACCUGGCCGUGAUGACAAUUCAUACAUGUACAUUCUCUUCGUCAUGUUCCUGUUUGCUGUCACAGUGGGCAGCCUCAUCCUGGGAUACACCCGCUCCCGCAAAGUGGACAAGCGCAGUGACCCCUAUCAUGUAUACAUCAAGAACCGUGUGUCUAUGAUCUGA